GGUGCUUCCGGUUCAUUAAGAAAAGAAUUUAGAGAGCUUGAGCUCCUUGAUGAAAUAAGCAGACUCCGUUUUGAAGGAAAGUUAGGUGAGACUGUGCAUGGCACCACCAGAACAGUUCUCAUUGAAAGUUUUCUUGCUCUCAAAAGUAAAACAUAUAUGCCUGGAAAUUUACAUUCCGCAAUUCGUUGGUCAGACAAGGAUCCAUAUGUUCCUGAAUCUCUCUCUUAUAUUGGUUGGACUGUUAUAGACAAAAAGAACUGGAAGAAUUUGAUGCAGAACCAAGAUCAACAAAGCACAAAUAUACCUGCUAAGUCGAAAGCAUGUAACAAUAAAGCAUCACUUAAAUAUGGUUCUAAUCCUGACAACAACACAGUGCAAAAGGACAACAAUACCUGUAAUUUGAGAGACAGUAUUCAGCGACCUUUGCAAUUAGUAUGGUCAAAUAACAGUUGUGCAUUUGAUUCCAUCUUUACAAUCAUCAGACAUAUUUGG